GAUAAAAUGACAGCGGCACAUUUAGGCAGUCCUCUGCAGAGACUCGCGCACGUCUUCUCGAAUCAGGACACGUGUGUUGACGUAAAUUAUAAUAAUUUCGUGAGGAAAUACCGAGAGAUUUCGUGGGAUUCGCCGGCAGCCACGAGUAUCAUGAGGCAGUGGUUUCAUCAGACCUGCGCGGAAUACGGUUACUAUCAGACGACGAGCUCAGAUAAAUCAGUCUUUGGAACGCUAUUCCCGUUAGAUUAUUACAUCAACCUGUGUCUUGAUUUGUACGGUGAUUAUUAUAGUAAAAAUAUAUUGGAUUCGCGGGUGAAAAGGACAAAUAUAAUGUACGGAGGACAACUGCCGGACUUACAAAACGUCAUUUUCACGAACGGUGAUAUCGAUCCAUGGCAUCCGUUAUCGGUGCUCCAGGAUUUAAACGCUUUCUCACCCGCUAUUCUCAUAAACGGAUCUUCGCACUGUCGCGAUAUGUAUAGCGAUGCACCCACGGACCCGGACGACUUGAAAAAAGCCAGAGCAAAGGUUCGCGACAUAAUUGGCAAAUGGAUUUCCUCAUAAAAGUCCCCGUCAAAUUUCCUACAUAUACGCCCGUUGUCGAUUUUUCAAAAGGAGGACGAAUAAACGAAAUUUUAUUUUUAUUUUGUUGUAUUAAUUGUAAAGCAUUAACAAAAAGUUCUGUACAAUAUUUAAUAUAUAUACGUAGUUUAUAGUGCAAUUUAUAAUAAAUAUACGUCAGUUUUACUUGUGUUGCAUAUUGUUAUAUGUAUAUGUACAUAAUACAAAAAUAAAAUUAUGUCCAAUGCUAUAUUUAAGAUUAAUCUGAAAGUCUGUGCAAUUUCCAAAAUAAAUUUGUAUGUCAUGUAUGUAUGUCCCUUACUGUGCUGCAGAAUUAAAAUGGAAUUACAUAGUCAAGUUACAUAAUCAA